GUUAGUACCGUCCGGUUGUAGUCGCACAGCAGUCCGACGGUAAGAGGGAUCGAUACAGAAUAACCUGCUUCUUCGAUCGAUCCGUGUGGCAGGUGUCAGCUCUGCAGGUGUGUCCCCGCUUGUGUCCAGAUCCACGUCCUCUCACCAAUCCGACCGUGAAAGAUGCUUCGCGUGCGGACGGCCGCGUGCCAGUCUUGGAGGGGGUUCAAAACAUUCUCUUGUGCUGCUGUGGAGGUGAAAAAUGAACCCAUCCUUGGCUUCAAAGAGGGGAGUGCAGAGAGGAAAGAGCUGCUGAAGGCUUUGGACAGUCUGAAAGGGAAGACAGAGGAGAUCCCGUGUGUGGUUGGAGAUGAACAUGUGUGGACCAAAGACAUCAGAUAUCAGUUAUCUCCGUUCAAUCACUCGCACAAGGUGGCAAAGUUCUGUUACGCAGACAAGGAGCUCAUCAACAAAGCCAUCCUGGCGUCUGUGGCAGCAAGGAAAGAAUGGGAUCUGAAGCCCGUCCAGGACAGAGCACAGGUCCUUUACAAGGCUGCAGAUGUCAUCAGUGGACCCAAGAGAGCAGAAAUCCUCGCCAAGACCAUGAUCGGACAGGGUAAGACGGUGGUGCAGGCGGAGAUCGAUGCCGCUGCAGAGCUCAUCGACUUCUUCAGGUUUAAUGCCAAACACGCCGUCGAGCUGGAAAAACAACAGCCAUUAGACGCCGAGGAAAGCACAAACACGAUGCUGUAUCGUGGACUGGAGGCCUUUGUCGCUGCUGUGGCUCCCUUUAACUUCACCGCUAUUGGUGGAAACCUGGCAGGUACCCCGGCUUCUGAGGGUAACGUGGUUCUGUGGAAGCCCAGCGACACCGCCAUGUCUGCCAGCUACGCAGUCUACAAUGUCCUGAGGGAGUGCGGUCUGCCUCCAAACAUCGUCCAGUUCCUUCCAGCUGAUGGUCCGGUGUUCGGGGAUUCAGUCACCUCCUCUGAGCACCUGGCCGGCAUCAACUUCACCGGCAGCGUCCCGACCUUCAAGCGUCUUUGGAAGCAAGUGGCACAGAACCUGGACACCUACAGGGUAUUCCCUCGACUGGCAGGAGAGUGCGGAGGGAAGAAUUUCCUUGUCCACAAGUCUGCGAAUGUUGAGAGCGUGGUGAAGGGGACGAUCCGAUCAGCGUUCGAGUACGGAGGUCAGAAGUGUUCGGCCUGCUCCAGGAUGUACGUACCUGACAGCGUGUGGCCCAAAAUCAAACAGGAGCUGCUGGACAUCCACAAACACAUCAAGAUUGAGACGCUGGGCGAUCCCGUGGAGGACUUCAACACCUUCUUCUCGGCUGUAAUUGAUGACAAGUCUUUCGCUCGGAUAAAGAGGUGGCUGGACCACGCAAAGUCCUCCCCAAAUCUAAAAAUCGUCGCCGGUGGUAACUGUGAUGACAGCAAGGGUUACUUUGUGGAACCAACUAUCGGAACAACAGACCCUCAGGACGCCAUCAUGAACGAGGAGAUCUUCGGGCCUGUCCUGUCUGUUUAUGUUUAUCCUGAGAAUAAGUACAAAGAGGUCCUACAGCUGAUAGACAACACAUCACCGUACGCCCUGACCGGAGCCGUGUUCGCUCAAGACAAGAGUGUGAUCGAUGAGGCAGCUAAAGCCCUUAGAAACGCUGCAGGAAACUACUACGUCAACGAUAAAUCGACCGGCUCCAUCGUGGCUCAGCAGCCGUUUGGAGGCGCCAGAGCUUCAGGGACUAACGACAAACCCGGCGGUCGGCACUACGUCCUCAGGUGGACAUCUCCACAGGUGGUGAAAGCGACCCACGCUCCCCUUACAGAAUGGAAGUACCCCUACAUGGGCUGAGAGCGAGUCCGGUCCUGCUGCUGCCUGCUCGUCCAAUCAGAGCCCCCCCGUCCGUCCGUCAGCCCAUCCUAAUCCCUCCUCCCUGUCUUUGCACUGAACCUGAAUGAAUGUAUCAGAGUGAAUGGGAGCAGAUGCAGAGCGAUGAGAGCGUCUUCCAUCCAAAACACCAGAGCUGCCUCGAUUCAUCUCACAUUUCACCGUCUGCGCUCUUAUUCUGCAAGUUCAACUUACAGAACACCUGAGCGACCUUCAAAGUGAUCUCUUGAUUUUCAGAUAGUUUUAUUUUAUCAGACUACAAUUAAAGCUUAAAGAGUUUAAUGAAUCCCUUUGGAUGUUAGAUCAUCAUGUUCAACCUCUGAAUUAUCAAGAUUUAGAUUUUUAUUCGUCUUUAAAAGAAAUAUCUUCGUCCCAGCCGUGCAUCAAAAUAAAUAUUAUUUAGGUCAAUUAUGAGAGUGUUACAUGUCUAAACGCAUGUGGAUUAAUUUCUCAUGUUUGUUAGUCUAACCUUUUAAAAAUAUAAAUGUAAAUAACCGUGUUUAAAAAGAGGUUUUUACUCUUUUGUGCUAACUUGUCAGACGUUUGUGUCCCGCUGAAUUGAAUCAGUUUGACAUUACAGAGAGACAAACUGCACUUUAACCCCACAUGUAGCUGUGAGACUGACCCCAUGGUCUGAUGCAGCAGAUUUAAUCUCUCAAUUGAAAUGUCAACGCGUCUCUCUGCAUCUUGAAUCUGCUGAUGACGUCCAUAAUGACUUUAAUAUCUGCUGAUUUUCUCUUAUUACAAAUUUUUAGUGACAUUUCCUGAAGAGUAUUUUAUAUUUCAAUCUCUCAAAUAAAUACAGAUGGUUUAUUUUCAGAAAAUGCCUGCCUUAGUGACUCUAGAAAAUCAAGGUAGUUAAUUUUUGACAAUAAAGAUUAAUUUAUUUCAAUCAAA